AAUAUGUUAAAUUCAUCACCUCAUAUGAAAUCAGAUAAGCUAUACACACAAAGUCCAUAAUACAAAAAGCAAUAUACAUAAUAUAUAGAUACAAAUGGUUCUGUCAGAAACUCAUUCACUUCUAAAAGUAUCAAAGAGAAUAGGUAAAAUACGGAUCCGCAAUAAUUUAAUGAAGAAUUAGAGUAUUACAAGAACAGAAGUGCAGACCUUGAAAUUUAUUCUAGAUAAUUGAAAAAUGAAUUGGAUGCUAUGAUGAUAAGAACGAGUAAACAAGGAGCGUUAGAUGAUAAGACCGAAUACAUUCUACAUUAGAAUCAAAUGCUUAAUCAAGAUCUGGAUAAGCUUCAAAAAGGCUAUGCUUAAAAAAAGACUGAAUGUGAAUUGUGGAAAUCCAAGUACGAGCAAUAACUGAAUAGCGCAGUAUAAUGUAUAUAUAUGUUUUAAUAAAAAUCUUAGUGAAAGCACAAUAUGAGUUGGAUUUGAAAAAGUUAAGCAAUGAAUUGAAGAUACUAGAGGAGCGAAACAAUUUAUUAGAGAAAGAGAGGUCAUAAGAAGUAGAAGCCACUAAGACAACUUUCUCAAGUAUCAUUAUUUGAUAAAGAUUUUUAGUAUAAAACGAAUAACAAAAACAUAGUUAUCUAACAUAAAUAGAUCUAUUGUAGAAUUAAGUAAGAAAGUUGAGAGAGUAUGCAGAUAUGAGGGAUAAAGAGAUGGAUGGUUUGGAAUUAAAAUUUAAUUAAAUUUUGUAGGAGAAGGAAUACUUUGAGAGUUAGUUACUAAAGGAGAAUGAUAUUUUAAGAAAUAGAUUGUAAGAUUAGGAGAGGGAAUUUUCUUUGGAUGUGAAUAGUUUGAGACAGAAAUAAGACAUUAUUUAUUAAGGAUAAAUAGAGAAUCUAAAAAAAUAGUAUUUAACAUAAUAGGAGAUCAUGGAUUCUGAAAUUGAGAAAUUAAAGGGUCUAUUGGAUAUCAAAAAUACAGAGAUAGAAACCUUAUUGUUAUAGAAUAAGAGAAUGAGAGCUAAUUUUGAAGAGGAAACUUAGACAAUAAGAUCUUAAUUUGAGAUUUUGGAAUAGAAAAUGGUUAGAAAUGAAUAGAAGAAUUCAGAAGACUAGCAGAAUGCAGAGAGACAUUUAAGUAAUUUACAUGAUAGAAAUAUGGAGAAGUAGAAGAGUGAUUUCAAUAAUUAAAUUUAAAUCCUUUAAGGUUAAGUCAAUCAUUAGAAGAAUUAAUUAUUGGAAUAAUAAAAUCAGUUAAAUGAGUUAUAAAAAUAUAGUUAGCAGCUACUUUAGAACAACCAAAAAGAUCAAGAAAAAGCAUAAAACAUAAUAAAUAAUCUAAAAAAAGAAGUAUUAUAUAUUUAUGAUUUUUCAAUAGAUUUAAUAGUAAUCAGAGGAAUUUUAAGGUUAAAUCCAGAAAAACUAUAGGGAUUAUGAAUUAUAAAAGUAAGAGUUGAUCAAUUACAACCAACAAUAAUCAGCUUUAAUGAAUUAGUUGUCGUAGCAAAUCUAAAGUUUAAAUCAAAUAAUAGAAUUGAAAGAGAGACAAUAUGAAACAACUUUAACAUAGUUUAAGCAACUGAAUAAUUAAUCAUAGGUAUAAUGAUUAUUUAGAGUUUUAGAAUAAGUUGAAUUAAGUGUCUAACGAGAAUGAAUAGAUCAGGGUUUAAACCUAAAAAUAUAUAGAGGAAUUAGAAGAGUAAUUAGCAUUAGAAAAAGAGCUGAAUGCAGAGUAAGAGUAAAAAUUAACAUCUCUUUAAUCGACUUUGCAAAGAGAAAAAAUGAAUACAGAAAGAUAGAUAAAAAAUCUCUCAAAUCAAAACAGAGAGAAGGAUUAAACAAUUGAAUAGUUAAGAAUUUAGAUUUAGGCAAAAGAGUUGAAUCUUCAUAAAUUAUAGAGUGAAUUAUAGGAUACUACAAAUACGCUUUCGAAUUUAUUGGAAGAAGAAAAGCAUAAGACUGAACAAGAAGUUUAGUCAUUGCAAAUUAGUUAGAAUGAAGAAUUAGCAAAUACAAGGAAGAAGCUAAGUUAAAAAGAAAAUUCUUUGAAAUCAGAAUUAGUUUAAUUGAAGAGUGAAUUGUAAACUCAGCAAACCUUAAAUUCAGAAUUAAAUAAAAAGUAAAGUUAUAAAAUUAUCAAAAUAGAUUGGAACUUUAUGGUUAACAGAUUGAAUCAGUUGUUAAUAAUUCAAAUGUUAUUAAACAAUAUUAGGUAUUAUCUGAGAUUAAUCUUACUAAUAGGCUUCAAAAUUGA